AUGGAUCACCUGGAUCAAGUCGGAAAUCUCACCGCUCAACCUACCGAGUUUGACGAAUCCUUGAUCGAUCAACAAUUGGCGAGAAAUACCGAAUUCUUGGGCAAAGAGGGAUCGAAAAAGAUUCGCGACGCAUUUGUGAUUGUUGUUGGUGCUGGUGGUGUCGGUUCAUGGGCAGCACUUAUGCUGCUUCGUUCUGGCAUUGGCAAAAUUCGUAUCAUUGAUUUUGAUCAAGUCACCCUCAGUAGCUUGAAUCGUCACGCCGUAGCGACAUUGGGCGACGUCGGCACACCAAAAGUUACCGCGAUCAAGAAACAUUUCAAAGAUAUUGCCCCGUUUGUCGAGGUGGACAGCGUUGUUGAUUUAUUUACAGCAGAAAAUGCGGAUGAAUUAUUAAGCAAUCCGGAUUAUGUGAUUGAUGCAAUUGACAAUAUUGAUACAAAACUGGAUCUUAUCAAGUACUGUUAUGAUAAAAAGUUGGAAGUCAUCAGUUCCAUGGGCGCAGGUGCCAAGGCAGAUCCUUCCAGAAUUCAAAUAGCCGACAUCAGUGAAACCAUGGAGGAUCCAUUAGCUCGUGCUGUCCGAAGAAAAUUAAAGAAGAUGGGGGUUGAAAAAGGUGUUCCUGUUGCUUACUCUACCGAAAAACCCCAUCACGUCAAGCUCUUACCGUUGGAGGAAGAGCGGGUAGCCAACGCCGAUGAUUUUGCAGCAUUGCCAGAAUUCCGAUCCCGUAUUUUGCCGGUUCUGGGCACUAUUCCCAGUAUGUUUGGUAUGGCGAUUGCCACUUAUAUCCUUCUUCGAUUGGCCAAAUUCCCGUCGUUUGAUCCUCUGGCCAUCAAGUUACGCGAAGGUUUAUAUGCGCGUCUUCAUCGCGAUUUAAGAGCUCGUGAAAUGAAGCAUUAUAACAAUAAAGUGUGUCCCUUGGACGUACGAGAUGUGGGCUACAUUUUCGAACGGAUGUGGCAUGGAGGCAGCAUUAUUUCUGGACCGCAAGAUCGACUCGCUCUAACCCGAUGGGAUCGAACCAAGCCUCUAAGUUCACUCAAUGCUGUGUGUUUGAGCCGAACAGAAGCUGAUGCUCACGAUAAACUGCCACCCCAUACCGACCUGAAAGCAUACUAUGGCGAAGGUAAAAAUCAUGGCUGCUUAUUUAUUCACCAUUAUUCUACCCUCACAUCCUACUCUUCUCUUCAAUAG